AUGAACCUAAGCUUUUUCGACCAAUUCACAAGCCCAUGCCUCCUAGGAAUUCCCCUAAUCUUAAUCUCACUACUAUUCCCCGCUCUACUACUACCAUCACCAGACAACCGAUGAAUUACCAAUCGCCUCUCCACCCUCCAAUCAUGAUUCCUUCACCUAGUCACAAAGCAACUAAUAAUACCACUAAACAAAAAAGGCCACAAAUGAGCCUUAAUCCUCACAUCACUAAUGACAUUCCUACUUAUAAUUAACCUACUAGGCCUACUACCCUACACAUUCACGCCCACUACCCAACUAUCAAUGAAUAUAGCUCUGGCUCUCCCACUCUGACUCGCCACCCUUCUUACAGGAAUACGCAACCAACCCUCAAUCUCCCUAGGCCACCUAUUGCCCGAAGGAACUCCAACUCCAUUAAUCCCAGCAUUAAUUUUAAUCGAAACCACUAGCCUACUUAUUCGCCCAUUAGCCCUAGGAGUUCGCCUAACAGCAAACCUCACAGCAGGACACCUACUCAUUCAACUCAUCUCCACAGCUUCAAUUGCCCUGCUCCCAACCAUCCCAACUGUAUCCAUCCUAACUACAACAAUCCUUCUUCUACUAACUCUCCUAGAAGUAGCAGUAGCCAUAAUCCAAGCUUACGUCUUCGUCCUCCUAUUAAGCCUAUACUUACAAGAAAACAUCUAA